GCUCUCCGCGCCCGCCGGCAGCCCGGAUCCACGCCGCCCCGCACCGCCCCGCAGCCCCCGCAGCCCCCGCCGCCGCCCAUGGUGCUGCCCGGCCCGCCCGGCAUGGCUCGCUCCGAGGAGGUUCACCGCCUCACCGAGAAUGUCUACAAGACAAUCAUGGAGCAGUUCAACCCCAGCCUCAGGAACUUCAUUUCUAUGGGGAAGACCUACGAAAAAGCCUUAGCAAGUAUGACAUAUGCAGCAAAAGGAUACUUCGACGCGCUGGUGAAGAUGGGCGAGUUGGCCAGUGAGAGCCAAGGCUCCAAGGAGCUGGGAGACGUGCUCUUCCAGAUGGCUGAAGUCCACAGGCAGAUCCAGAACCAGCUGGAGGAAAUGCUGAAGUCCUUCCACAACGAGCUCCUGACGCAGCUGGAGCAGAAGGUGGAGCUGGACUCACGCUACCUGAGCGCUGCACUGAAGAAAUACCAAACGGAGCAAAGGAACAAGGGUGACUCGCUCGACAAGUGCCAGGCUGAGCUGAAGAAGCUGCGGAAGAAGAGCCAAGGAAGCAAAAACCCCCAGAAGUACUCAGACAAAGAGCUGCAGUACAUCGAGGCCAUCAGCAACAAGCAAGGUGAGCUGGAGAAUUACGUCUCUGAUGGCUACAAGACAGCUCUGACCGAGGAGAGGCGGCGGUUCUGCUUCCUGGUGGAGAAGCAGUGUGCUGUGGCCAAGAGUGCAAUCACCUACCAUGCCAAGGGGAAGGAGAUGCUGACACAGAAGCUCCCGCUGUGGCAGCAGUCGUGCUCUGAUCCCAACAAGAUCCCGGACCGUGCCAUCCAGCUGAUGCAGCAGAUGGCUGCCAGCAGCAAUGGCACCAUCAUGCCCAGCCCUCUGUCUACAUCCAAGUCCAACCUCAUCAUCUCUGACCCCAUUCCUGGUGCCAAACCUCUCCCUGUUCCCCCGGAGCUGGCACCUUUUGUUGGACGCAUGCAGGAGGCCAUGCCGGCGGUGAAUGGAGUCUCGGGCCCAGACAGUGACGAUUACAACCACUGGUCUGAGGUGAAGCCAGCACAGCCCAAAUCUUUGUCUCCUCCCCAGCCUCAGAAGCAGCUGAGCGACUCUUACUCGAACACACUUCCCGUUCGCAAAAACGUCACCCCGAAAAACAGCUACGCCUCAGCUGAAAACAAGACGCUGCCACGCUCCAGCUCCAUGGCUGCAGGGCUCGAGAGGAACGGCAGGACGAGGGUGCAGGCCAUUUUCUCUCAUGCUGCUGGGGAUAACAGCACCCUCCUGAGCUUCAAGGAGGGAGACCUCAUCACGCUGCUGGUGCCAGAGGCCAGGGAUGGGUGGCACUAUGGAGAGAGCGAGAAAACAAAACUGAGGGGCUGGUUUCCUUUCUCCUACACACGUGUCCUUGACAACGAUGGCAGUGAGCGGGUCCAUGCGAGCCUGCAACAGGGGAAGAGCAGCAGCACGGGCAACCUGCUCGACAAAGAUGACAUUGCCAUCCCACCACCCGACUACGGCAUGUCCUCACAAGCCUUCCCAUCGCAGAACGUCAACACCUUCAAGCAGAGGCCAUACAGCGUGGCCGUGCCCGCCUUCUCCCAGGACUACCUUAUGCCCUAUGGUUGUGCAAUUAAAGACUAUUCCAGUGGCCUCUGCCAACCACCACCCGCCCACUACAAGCCUUACGCUAGGUCGACAGCUGGUCUCGAUGACUAUGGGACGAGGUCUGUGAGCAGCCCCGAUGUUGAAGUGGCCAGGUUUUGAGAUGCCCCCUGCCCAUAGUUAAAACCCCUUUGCCAACGUCCAGCUGAAACCGACCGUGACGAACGACCGCUCGGCGCCGCUCAUCAGCUGAUGCCGGGAGCGCUGCCCCCCCGUGGCACUGCCGCCGCCUCAUCGCCCGGCGCAUGGCUGCCUCCCUGAGCCGCCUUUUUAGGCAGAGUUUAUUUAAUCCUGCUGCUUUGAAAAGCCAAAGGCUAAAGCUAUAGUGCCCUGAUUUCCUCUCUUCUCUAGAUCCAGCUCUCUCCCUGCAGUGGUGGGGGUCAGAUAGCUGCCAAACAGUCUGAUCCCCGCUCCCCCCUCCCAAGAUGGCACACCCUGUGCUCCCAGCUCAUGCCCCAUAGCCAGAUUUGCUUCUAGGAGUGGCAGCAGCUUGCAAGGGAGGGAGGACGGCACAGGGGACACCCUGCUCUCGUGGGGUGCGGUGGCGAUGGGCGGGCAGGAGAGCCCCAGUCUCCCCUUAAGCAAAGGAGUUGCUGGUGCCAGUGCUGCAGCUCAGGGUCAGGGCUGGACUCUGCUCCCAGGGCUGCUGCAGUGCCAUGGCCGUGUACAUAGGGGGGGUGUUACGGUACUGCUGUAGGAUAUAAGCUAAGAAAUAACUCGAGGAGCAGAGGGCUCCAUGGAUAGGUGCCGUGGGGUAGCCAGCACUGCUGUGCUCCUUCCCAGGCUCAGCCGCAGAGCCCUCCUGCUUUGCUGCUUCUCUUCCGCUAUUCCUAGGGCUGCAUGAGACUGAAAUAUAUACACAUAUAUACUCGUACCCCCGGCCCUGCCAAAGGGGAAGGGGUUUUUGGAGCAGGAGCCGCGUCUUUGCUGCAUGAUGCAGCUGGCACCAGAGAGGCACGGCUGGGAGCAGUGCCCAGAGGUUCUGCCUUUCCCGUUGUAUUCGUCAUGUUGCACUUUUUUAAUUGCUUGAGCACAGAGGACCGCUCGGGUUGCUGUGACUGUAGGUUUAGCCCAGGUGGCAGAGAGCCGACCGCGUUGGUCACUGCUGGUGGGGUUCUGCUAUGGAAGGGCUUUCCAGUCAGAGCCAGCUGCUGGCGUUGCUGUGCCCCCUCCCACGGCUCAUGGAGGUGCCCUGCAAGAGAGCAUCCCCACGCAGGGCCAAAGUGAUGCUGGCUGCCCCCAGGACACGUUUUGCUCCUGGAGACAUCGCUGCUUCCUGUGUGGGCCUGGAGCAGCACUGUGACCCCCAGCAUCUGCCCACCAGAGCCCACCUCCAGGUGCUGUCCUCCGGCACCGCUGCAUGGGAAGCCACCACCUCGUCCCUAAGUACGCCCGUCCCAACAGCACCCCAAAACGCAGUGCAGGGGCUGCACCCUGCCCAAUGUCCUGUGCCCCAAGGAUGAUGGCAGCUGUGCCAGCCCCAGGUCUCACCGUGCGGUGCCAACCCUUGUGCCAUGCGCUGACAGCCACUGUGUUGUGCCUCGGGGCAACAAGAGCCAUGGGGCAGGGGAAGGCUCUGCAGCAUCUCGGGGGCCUUCAGGAGGGCUGGGGGGCUCACAGCCGGGGUAGGGGUGUCAGGAUGGGGCGUUCCUUGUCACCAGCCCAGUGUCGUCCUCUUCCAGCCCCACACGAAGGGCUGCUGAGCCCGGGGCUUCACUGCACCUCUUGCCUUCGUGGCCACCUGCAAGAUGUAACCUGAAAUAGUUUUGUUUUGUUUUGUUUUUUUAAAUGAGAG